CUUCAUGAUGGUCGUUUGUGUAGACUUGCGAAUUCCCCUUUUUGUCAUUGGAAAACCAGGCAGUUCAAAAUCCCUGGCAAAGACAUUAGUGUCGAAUUGCAUGAGAGGUAGAUUUUCGGAGUCUAAACUUUUCUCCAAAUUGAAACAGGCAAAUAUGAUGUCAUACCAAUGUAGCGCUCUGUCUGAUGCUGCUGGAAUUAUCCACACAUUCGAGCAAUGCUGUGACAUGCAAGAAAACAAUGAUUCAAAUACAUUUACAUCCGUUGCUGUGCUAGAUGAAAUCGGUCUUGCAGAAGACUCACCAGCUAUGCCACUCAAGGUUCUUCAUCCAUUGCUUGAAUUUGGCAGCAUGAAAAGUAACGAACGAGGACAUCAAGUUGCAUUUCUUGGUAUAUCUAAUUGGCCGCUUGACCCUGCAAAAUUGAACAGAGGUGUUUUUCUUUUUCACGAAAAUCCAGGCAACGAAGAUUUGUACAAAACAGCAACAGAAAUUUGUGCCAUAAAUGAGCAAAGUCAUCCCAAUGCCCAAAAAAUUUUGAGAGCUCUAACAAAUGUAUAUUUGGAAAUAGAAAAUUGUCAGGUUGUAGAAUAUUUUGGCCUUAGAGAUUUUUACAGUCUUAUAAAAUCUUGCAAUGGUCACUUUGGAAAUCCUGAGUCAUUAUUCAAUGCGGUAGAAAGAAAUUUUGGAGGCGUGGAAUCAGUUGAUGUUGAGAAAUUCAAAAGAGAAAUUUGCAAAAUAUUCCCACACUCGGAACUUGUUUCAAUGCCAAUAAAAGAAGUAGUGCAAACAAAUCUGGGUGAAACCGACAGUCGAUACUUGCUUCUUCUAACUAAUUAUUAUCCUUCUAUAAAUCUGGUUUCACUGGUUGUAGAAAAUUUUGAUAAGAUGAAAGUCAUCGUUGGCUCUGCAUUUCCAGGAGAUCAAACUUUUGCUAAGAUUUGCAGAAACAUACAGGAGGUAAAGACUUGCAUGGAAACAGGAACACCUGUGGUAAUGUUAAAUCUUGCAGAAAUUCAAGAAUCCCUGUAUGACGCUUUGAAUCAACAUUACAACACUCUUGGAGGAAAGAGGUACGUGGACAUAGGAUUGGGAGGACAAAGGCUGAAAUGUUGUGUUGCUAAGAAUUUCCGAUUGAUAAUACUUGAAAAAAAAGAUAAAGCUUAUACAGAAUAUCCGAUACCUCUGCUUAAUCGGCUGGAAAAACAUUUAUUAGAUUCAGAUGGUUUAUUGCCAGAAUCUGAAAAUAAUAAAAUGUUAGAAGUUCAAAAAUGGACGGAGUUAUUUGUAACAGUUGACUUUCAAAAAUCUGAUUCGAUGGUAGGCCAUCAAAAAGAUACGGUGAGCUCAACUCUACUAUUGUGCCCAGAUAUAGAUGAAUGCAAAGAAAUGUUACUCCAAUCUGCAACUUUGGAUGCAAUGUACAGAAUCAAAAAAAAUAACACUGACCUGGAUCAAAUGAAAAAGUUGCACAGUACCUAUUUUGAAAAACAAAGUCACUACAAACUAACAGACUUUUUGAACCGGACUCUGGGAAUUUUGGGAAAUCAAAAAAAGUUACCUAUUAGCAUGUUCGAAAUUGUUUCUUACUCUGGUAUUCUUGUAGGUAAUGACCGAGAACAGUUGGAAAAAAAUCUGAAUUUGGAAAAGUAUGAUGUGAUGAUACUCAAUAUUAGACAAUUUUACACACUAAGAGAAUUUGAACAUGAUGUUGAGAUAUUCUUACAAGAAUGCAGAGACUAUAAGCAAGACACAUCUAAGAAGAUAAAUGCUAAAAUUUUAGUAUUGCAGUGUCCCCAGGCUCACAAGUAUGCAAAACUAAUUGAAUGUGCUAAGCAUUCCUGGUCUAAUAAAGAUAAAACAGGGAUUUCAAUACCUAUUAUUGUAAUUGUUUUGUGGUCCAUUGAUAGAAAUACUGAAUUCUUGAUGCAACAAGCGCAGGACAACAGAAUUAUCUACAUCGAUGAAGUAAGUCCCUUCCAAACUGAUGAAACUGAAGCUGAUGCAACCGAAAGAGAAAAUGUUUUCUCAACUGAAACCUUAUUGAAUACGAAUCUCGUUGACAUAUUUGCACCAAAAAAUGCAUGUAACAAAUCUAUGAAAAAGUUUUUGCAAGAUAGUCUCAGCAAGGCAAUGACUAAACUUGAAGGUUCUCAAAUUGCUUCCACACGCUUUAAAGCAAGAGUUAAGACCCUCACAAACCUUCUGCAAACUGAUGAGAAAAUAGGCAAAAACUUUCGAAGCAAAUUUCUGGACAAGAUUCAUAAAAUCUUAAUGAGCGAGGAAACCUUGAAAAGCAAUAAUUGGAUUCAUGUUGUGGCAAAUAGUAAAAAGAGCUUACAAGAAGGAGGAACGUUUCAUAAAGCUCUGCUUCUGUAUUUGAAGACACUGAUAUCAAACUUGAUAGCUCACUUCAUUUGUAAUAUCGAUGUGCAGUGCAAUUUGAAUCUUAUUAAAACAUUUCCUGAUGUGCAUCAUCAAGAUGGUUAUCGAACAGAAAACAUGUGGCUAAGCAUGUUUGAGAAGUUGACCUUUGACCAUUUGAGGCCAGACUGGAUGCAUAAAGAAUUCAUAGCUGUCAGUCCAAUUGCUGAACGACCAACGCUGGCAUGUAAGUUCCCGUUUGGAUGUAAGGUUACCGGGAGUUUGCAAACACAUUUAAUUUCAAUAUUGAAAUCCAGUUCGAAAGAUUGUAAUGCAAGUUUGGUGAAUUUUUUCAGAAAACAUGAUUUAUAUCCUGUUAUUAAUAAUGGAAUCUCAACUUACCCAGAAUUAUUACAGGGUUACGUGCAUGAUUUGGUCAAUAGCCACUACACACCAAGUUCUGAACAACAUCUGGAAACUGAAGUUAAUGCUGUCAUUAAAUUGGUUGAGAAAAGAGCCUUUGUUGGCAAAGACAAUGUCGAACAAGCAGAUAAACUUCCACUUGUUUAUGCUACAUUUAUUGAUUUAAAGGACAAAUUGAGAAUACUGAGGGAAGUAUUUAAAGUUAGCCCACUCGUUGCCGAGUCAAUAAAUACAUUAACGUCCGAAAAAUUUUGGAAUUGGCACAAUGGAGAUAUACACCAUUGGGGAAUGCUUAAAGCGUUAGAAGAUCUUAGACAAAAAACUACAUUUUUUUCAGAGAAUCCAGAAAGUUGUUUAUCUUGGCUGGAGCAAGCCAAAAGCAUUGAAAAAACCGUUUAUCUUGUACAUGAUUGUAUACAAGAGCAGGAAAAAAAAGAUGAACUAAUGAUUAAAUGGCUGCCAAUAUCUUUAGUGAAUGUUUUACUUCUACAGUUGAUUCCCAACAAUGAAUACAAAUUUGAAUACACUGAAGUGGUAGCUAAUUCUGCUGAAUUGCUAGUUUCGGUUCAAGAUGAACAAAACAUUGAAGAUUUAACUAUUAUUGUAUGUAACACAAUUGGCAGAUGCUACGAUGACUUAAGAAUAAAAAUACUCCUAUCUUGGGAGGAGAUGACUUGUAAUAUGUGCAAAGAGGAUAUGGAAGAUCCUCAAUGUCUAACUUGUGGACAUUUUUUUUGUCUCCAAUGCUGCGAAGAGAUACUCAUAGAUGAUUCCCCUAAAUGCACACAAUGCCUCACCAUUAUUUCAAAAGAUGAACCUUAUGAAGAUGAUACCCUAUCCAAGUCAGAUAAAAAAAGAUUACAACAGUUUCAGUUCAGUUGUACCAGCUUUUUUAUUGAAUUUUUGAAGACUAUUUGCUUCUCAUCUGUCAUGAAACCUAUAAACAAAGAGAAAAUGAAAUCUUUUAUCAAACUCGUAUUCACACUUCUUUUCCAAACUGACAAUGAUAGAAAAUUGGAAUCAUCCGCUAUAGGAUCUGACAUAAAUACAAAAGCUUGCUUAUUUGGAGAAUUAGUGAAGAAUGAGCAAGUACUUGUCACAGAAGAGAUUAAUAAAACUUUGCAACAAGCGUCGGCAAAUGAAAAACGGGAAAUAUCACAAUUCAUAAUAUACCACUUUGAACAACGCUUGCUUUUCGAAAAGUCAAACUCAGUUAACAUGCAAGAGUUGGAGAAUGAGCAUUUGAUACUACACUCACACCAACCAACUCUUGAAACAUUAAAGUCAAUAGCUACUUUAAGGAAUGCCUGCAGAAACUUAGCCAUUCAGUUGUAUGAGAAAAGCAAACAAUAUGUGACAGAAAUGGAUGAUAUUAUUAACAGUUUCAUUGAUUUUUGCAAACGCUCCAAAGUGAUUGACGUAAAGCAACUUGUCAUCAAAGCUGGAUGUGCACAAUUUGGUAUUGACUGGUACAGAGAAAUGUUGAAAUCUGAAGUGGCCAAGGGAUUAAUUCCUGAAAAGUGGAAAACUGCAAUCAAUGAGUAUGACACAGACCAUUGGCUUCUUUUUGAUGCAAUAUUGACCGAAGUGGAAGGGGGCUUGAGAAAGCCUCUACAAUCACGUGAUGAUUUCAUGUCCGAAUUAGCAGCUAAACCACCAAGCAGAGAAAAAUUAUAUUUUGCAGUAAAACGAAAGUACCAGCAAGGCCUCAAUUGUAACAGUCAUAUUACGAAUGAUGAAGAAUUGGGAUUCUUCAUUAAAAUAAAUAACCAAGUUUGCCAAGUUUUCAGAAAUAUCAAUCCAGAUGAGAAUCUAAGAGAGUGUGGCUCCGUUCAAUUACUUGUGAUGUUUGUGGCAACAGUCAUAAAUAAAGGUUGCCAUAUGAUGUCUGGCUUUGCUCAGUUUGCUUUGAAACCAAAUACAACUAGUAGGCUAUCACUACCAACAAUGUUUACGGAAAAUACGGGUUCAUACCGGGAAGACACCACAUGGAUCGUGCAAUUCAUAUUACAUGCCAGUAUUCUCAUUGGCUAUAUAAAUAAUUCGCAGGCUGUAAAAAUCAUGCUUAAAGGGUCGAUCAGGACACACGAAUUAGACAAGUAUCUUACAGAAAAGCUCUGCACAAUCUUGCGAAAUUUGAAAGGAUUGUGGAAGAUGGAUAUGCAUGAUACUUUUUUAAUCAUGCACCAUGUCCUGGAACAAAUAUGGGAUACGGAGUAUAUUCCAAAUAUGGAAAUAUUCAACUGGAUUACGCUGGAAGGAAGAUGUCAGUGGAAAAACAAUUUUCAAGAAAAAUAUUUGUCUUCUACAGUAUCAGUAGAUAGUAUCAAUGAAACUCUGAUGAACAUAAAGACUGAAAAAAAUCGUCGUCUUGUGCAAUCAAAUUUAUUCAAAUUUUUGCAUGAUGGUGAUAUGACUGAUGAUGACCUGGAUAAAAAUCUGUUGUGGAAAAGAGAAUCACUUUGCUGCUAUACUGAACUUUGUUGUCUUGAACGACUCCAGCAAGUUCUAAAUGAAUCAAAAAAAGCGAUGGGCUGUGUUCUCAAAACUGUACUGGCUACUGAAAAUAUAAAUCUUAUCCAAGGUUUGGAGACUGUGUUGAAACUACAUCGUAUUUUGAUAGAAAGGUGUCAAGGUUUUUCAUACGAGAAUGUCGAAAAAAAACAACUAAAAGAGUAUUUGAAAAAUGAUGUUGAAGAACAAAUAGCAGAAAGCUAUUUGAACCUUUGGAAUAAGGUCAUGCCAACUCUCAGGUCAAAAGCUGCUGUCAGUGCUUUACUGACAGAACAUAUUUAUGAGUUGUCUAUGAGUAGCCCGGUGGCUAUGUUUCUACCAAGCAAUAUUGGGCAAGGACAAUGUGCAAAGAAGUUUGCAGAAUAUCUUAUUGAUGUACAAAACACUCUUAUUGAUGAAUGCAAAGUCUCUGAAAAUGUUACUUGCAAAUUCGAUGAAAUUGAUGUCAGUGAUGUUAAAAGUGCUCAUUUAAUAUGUAUAGAGAAGCAUCGUGACAUUCUUCCUUUGAUACAAACUCAUGCAGUUUACACUAUUGAAAAGGAUGAGUUUGGGGAGCAUCACAAUGUUAUAUACAAGCUUGAUGUUUUGGAAAAACAGGUGGAAGUCAAAUUUCUGAAAGAUAAAAGACUUAUCAGGAAAAAGACAUUGCCUCGAAUCUGGUACAGCAGUAACACUGGUAUGGAGAGCGACUGGAAAGACAUGAUUUCUAUGAACUAUGAACAGAAUGAGUUGCCUGUGAACUUGAAGAUGCAGACUGAUGGCUUAGCAUCAUAUUCAUCAAUUUUGUACUCAGCUGUGAGAUCUCUCGAAGAUGGAAUUAGACGAUUGGCAACGGUGCAUGUGGAUCCCAAAACCAGAUUGAAAAUAUUUCUGGAAGAUGAAUGCAAGAUAUCUUCUGCUGAGUUAGAAGGAAUUCCUUCAAUGGCUAACAUUGAGCACACAUUAGCAAUGUACUCGAGACUUUCAUGGCAUCGUUCUAAACUGUAUUUCUCCCGUGGACUUGAUCCAUAUUCUGAAAUACUUCCAGAAGGUUCUCAAGAAGAAAUAAAAAAGCCCAUAAUUGGAACAACACAAGGCGAAUCAACACAUGAAGUCAAAUCAACACAUGAAAAACUGAAUGCUGUUCUACAAAAUGCAGACAUCAAUGUUUGUCAACAGCACAUAAAUGAAGUAAUAAUUCGUUUGCCUGGCACUUCUCCAGAAAAAAGGCUUGCGAAAGAGGUGUUUCCGCAUGUUAAUUCUCCAUUUUUCAGUCAAGUAAAAACCAGACAAUGGUAUUCAGGAUUACCUGAUGAUAUUCGUUUCAAGCACAUUUCAUAUUUAUUCAAGCAGACGAUGAAGCUUCAAUCUAAAUAAUUAUUUUGUCUAUAUUUAAUUUAAAUGCAUUAUUGAUAUGGGGCAUUUGUGCUAAAAAGAUAUAUAUAUAUGGUAGCUCUGAUCUAGAUUGGUAGUAAAUUUGCAAUAGUAGCAUGCUUACAGACAUUUCAGCCUGAGCAGGCUUGGGUGCAGAGAUACAUUUUGAUGCUCAACAGCUGUGAUUAAAUUUUCGGUAAUGAAAGUCUAUUACAAUUCCAUUACUAUAAUCCAUAAAAGUGGAGAACAUCUCCAAAUUUCCCAUGCAAGCAAACCUCAGUUGUUGAUGUUAAUAUGUAAACGUGGUGCAACUGGUAUAAAAACCUAAAUAUACAUGUUUGUUGAAGAACAAUUUCCACAUAAAACAGGUCAUUUAUUAUGACCAUUUGAUUUUGAAAGAUCAUUUAUCCAGUCUUCUAUGCCUGCUAUGGAAUCUUUGAGAAAUGUAUCUCCGCACCGAAGCCUGCGCGGGGGCAUACGUCAUACCUUGCCCGAUUAGAAAUUGAUUUGUUUUUUAUUAUAAGAUCUGAUUCGACCUUAUUUGUUUUUACCCUAAGCUUGAGCUCUUCUCGAGCCUUAGGUUCUACCUUUUAUUGGGCUUCGAUUCUUUUACUUCGGGCCAGUGUAAAGCAGUGGUGAGAUUCAAUAUUUUUGUCACCCGGUUCCAUCACAAAAGUCAUAUUUUUCAGUCGGUUCUGUUACAAUAAGUCAUAUAUUUUUAGCAAAUA